UCUUUAGUUUCAGCCAUGGCAAAGAAACCUAGUAUUGGUCGUCAAAAGAUCAAAAUUGCCAAAACAGAGGUAAAAAAUCAUCUCCAAGUUACCUUCUCAAAACGUCGUUCUGGUCUUUUCAAGAAAGCUAGUGAACUAUGUACACUUUGUGGUGUUGAAAUAGCUAUCAUAGUUUUUUCUCCUGCAAGAAAAGUUUUUUCUUUUGGUCACCCUAAUGUUGAGUCCAUUGUCGAUAGGUUCCUCUCAAGAAAUCAUAAUCCAAUAUCUAAUUCAUCACUUCAUCUUGUUGAGACUCAUCGAAAUGCUAGUGUUCGUGAGCUCAAUUUGCAAUUAACACAGAUUCUUGCUGAGUUUGAAGUUGAGAAGAAAAGAGGAGAAUCACUUGAUCAAAUGAGGAAAACUAGUCAAAGUCAAUAUUGGUGGGAAGCUCCUAUAAGUAAACUUGCUUUGCAUGAACUUGAACAAUUAAAGGAUUCCAUGGAAGUUUUAAAAAAGAAUGUGAGAAAUCAGGCAAGCAAGUUUAUGGUUGAGACUGCUAAUUCUUCUUCUCUUUUUGGUGUUAAUGGUAAUGGGAUUUUUGACAACUAUGAUAUCAAGCCAGCUCGAAACAUGGUUGCUUCAAAUAAUCUUCAUAACCAUAACUUUGGUUUUGAUUCAGCGGAGAUGUUUUAA